GCGGCAGGCCAGCGUGUGCCGCGACUUCGGCGUGCCCGGAGGCACGCUGCGCGGCUGGCUCAAGGACGAGCCUAAGCUGCGCUGGUUCCUGGACCAGCUGGGCGGCGAGGUGGGCACGCAGCGCAAGAAGAUGCGGCUGGCCAACGAGGAGGAGAUCGACCGCGCGGUGUACUCGUGGUUCCUCGCGCUGCGCCAGCACGGUGUGCCCCUGUCCGGGCCUCUCAUCCAGGCGCAGGCUGAGGCCUUCGCGCGUCAGAUCUACGGGCCCGAGUGCACCUUCAAGGCCAGCCACGGGUGGUUCUGGCGCUGGCAGAAGCGCCAUGGCAUCUCCAGCCAGCGCAUCUAUGGCGAAGCAGAGCCCUCAGGCCCGGGCCCUGUGCCUGGCCCACCGGUCAAGGAGGAGCCCGCAUUGCCCCCCGGAACCGGUGCCCUGACCGACCGCGCCUCUGCCCCACCGCCGUCCACCGAGGGCGGCUACGACGAUGAGCAGAUCUACAACGCCAACGUCACCGGUCUCUAUUGGAAGCUGCUCCCAGAGCGUGCUGCGCCGUUGGGUGCAGGGGACUCCCGGGCAGGGGGCUGUGGCCAGCGCUGGCGGGGUGACCGGGUAACGGUGCUGCUGGCUGCUAACCUGACCGGCAGCCACAAGCUGAAGCCACUGGUCAUUGGGCAGCUGCCUGACCCACCCAGCCUACGCCACCACAACCAAGACAAGUUCCCAGCCUCCUACCGCUACAGCCCUGACGCCUGGCUCAGCCGCCCGCUACUGCGGGGCUGGUUCUUCGAGGAGUUUGUUCCUGGCGUCCGGCGCUACCUGCGCAGAAGCUGCCUACAGCAGAAGGCGGUGCUGCUGGUGGCCCACCCUCCCUGCCCCAGUCCGGCCCCCAGGGUGCCCCCCCUGGAGGAGAGCGAAGAGACCCCCAAGUGGUGCCGGCCUGAACCCCUGGGCCCCCCGGAGGAGCUGCAGACGCCAGACGGCGCCGUGCGUGUGCUGUUCUUGUCUAAGGGCAGCUGCCGUGCGCACAUCCCAGCCCCCCUGGAGCAGGGCGUGGUGGCCGCCUUCAAGCGGCUCUACAAGCGUGAGCUACUCCGGCUGGCCGUGUCCUGUGCCGGCGGCUCCCCGCUGGACUUCAUGCGCAGCUUCAUGCUCAAAGACAUGCUCUACCUGGCCGGCCUCUCCUGGGACUUGGUGCAGGCGGGCAGCAUUGAACGCUGCUGGCUGCUGGGCCUGCGGGCGGCCUUUGAGCCCCGGCCCCCAGACGGCUCUGGGUACCCUGCCCGCCAGGCGGAGGAGGCGGCUGAGCACAGCAGAGUGCUCAGUGACCUGACGCACCUCGCCGCCCUGGCGUACGAGCGCCUGGCGCCUGAGGAGGUGGCUGAGUGGCUGCACCUGGAUGACGACGGGGCUCUGCCUGAAGGCUGCCGAGAAGAGGAGGCCCCUGCACGGCCCUCCUUGCUGGCCCCUGCAGCCCCAGUCAGCCUGACCCUUGGCAUGGGGCCUGGAGAGGAGGAGGAGGUCACUGAGCGUGGAGGCUCCUCGGUGCCCACGGCUGGGGAGGCUGUCCGAGGGCUGGAGACAGCACUGCGGUGGCUGGAGUGCCAGGACCCCAGGGAGGUGGGGCCGCUGAGGCUGGUGCAGCUGCGCUCCCUCAUCGGUGUGGCCCGCAGGCUUGGGAGCCCUGGGCGCCCCUCCGCUGGCCCGGAUGCUGGCGUGUGACUGGGCCAGCAUGGCGCCCGCUGCACUUAGAGAGCUGGUACACUAGUUUCUCAUCCCCCUCUUGCUGCCCCCCUGUGGCCCACCCCAGGGUCCAGGGAUCCCAAGAAUCCAGGCCCAGCAUGACCUGGAGGGGCUCUGUUGGUGGAGGGUCCCCCUGUCCCACUUGUGUGGUGGCUGAAGAGAAGCCCAGCUCCUCCCCAGGCAAGCGCUCACAGGGUCCCCUCACACAAGUUGGGCACAGGCACCUUAGUCGCUGGCCGUCCCCACCCUGGUCCCCCUAGCCACCUGUCCAUCAUGCACUGGAAGAGGGCGCUGGUGCUGUG